AUGCUUGUGCUCAAAUUUAAUGAUAUAAUCACAAAUCAAGUUUAACAAUAAUAACAAUAAUACUAAUACUUCAAGAUUAUCCUCUCUCGAUACUCCAACCAGCAUUUCCAGAUUAAGAAAGCCUACACUAAAUUCUCAGGUCGCUGGUCGAAAGGAUGCGAUUCAGAGAGAUAAAUAGAUUAUGUCCAAGAGAAUUUAGAUGUCAAUUUGGUUGCCAAAUUAGUUAAUGCAUUCAAUGGCAUUGAAAUCAUCAUAAACACUCCCCAAUAACUCUAUGAAAUGUAUCACAUACUGCAUUUCUUCCAGAUUCAAGAAUUCUAAAGCCAAAUAGAAAAGUUUCUCAUACAAGACAAAUCCAGCAUUUUGAUUGGAUAUCAAUUGUCUGAAUUGUAUGAAAUCGAGUCAUUGUCUAACUUCUAUUUUGAAUAUUUCAAAGAAUAUGGAUUCCUGGGCAUUUUUAAUAAAAAACUUGAUCCAGAAAAAGCAAGGAAACACAUUUACAAAAAUAAAAAUAGACUAGUUCCACUUCAUUAUUUAUACUUAUAAGCCAAUCUAUUCAAGAAGUUGCUCAUCCUGCAUAACAAUCUAGUAGUACUCAAUUUUGAUAAAAACAAAUUUCUAGAUUAAUUUUAGAUCGCUUUAUUAAUAAGUGAAUACUGUAUAACCAAUGGCUACGAUCGAAUUAAAUUAUAAGAAAUCUUCUCUGAUGCAGUCAUUAAGGAGCAAGUAACUAACGAAUAGAAAUAAAUUAUUUUGAUAGAAUUCGAGAAAUAAUAUAAAAAAAAUCAAAUGAGAACUGUUUCAAGUAUUUCCUAAUCAGAAGAAGAUGAUUCAUCAGAUACCACAAUAGAAGUAAAACAUAGAACCUCUGAAGUCAUGAUUUCCCAAACUCCAAUCAUAGAACCUAUUGAAAUAUUUAGAGGCAAAGAGUUGGAUGUCAAAUUGCUUAUUGGAUUAAAGAAUUUAUAAUUUCAUUUUAAAACAAAGCAUACUUCAUUUGGAUUCUAUGUGUCAAAAAAGAUUGAGUUAAAUACACAAAUAUAAGAUGAAUAACUAUAGUUAGUCAAUUUGAAUACGAAAGUAUAAUUAAAUACAAGUUUAAUAGUGAAUUGGAUUAGAUUUGAUGAAAAUGGAUUAAAUGUAAAUAAUAGACUAAUAAUCGUCAGAUCAAAAGGAAUAUGUAGAUAUGAAGAAGAUGUAAAUGAACCUUAAGGCUAAAUUAGAUUAACAGGAUGUCGAAAUUUCAUAAUAGAAGAAGUGUAAGUAUUGAACACUUGCUUCUUUGCCCUUUCUUGAAUACGGG